CGCUGCUGUCCGUGCUGCAGGCAGGAGUCAAACACGUGCUUCUAACGAGGGGCAAGCACGGAGCAUGCCUGGCAUCGCUGCAGUCACCUUCUGUACUUCCAGCCCCCGACUCCCACGCCUGUCUGUGCCUACAUUAUUUCCCGGUGCUGCCCGUUCGCGUGCCCGAGGGGCAGCUGAACCUAAGCGGAGCGGGAGACUGCCUAAUGGGAGCAACUGUUGCUGCGACUGUCUUGAUGGCCCGUGGGCAUGCCACAUCAGCAGCACCUACACCAGCAGCAGCAGCAGCAGCACGUUGUGAGGCCCAGGUGAAUCCUCAGGUGGUGGUGCAAGAUAGGUUGGUGGCAGCAGUGGCGGUGGGCAUGGCAGCAGCACGGGUGGCAGUGGAGAGCCGGGAGAACGUGCCGUGGGGGGAGCUGCAGAGGGACGUGCUGCCACUGCUGCUUAAACAAGGUUGA